GAUUAGUGUAGAGUAAUCAACCCAACUUACUAAUUAAGCUAGCAAUAGUAAUAUGGCUUCUUCAGAAUCAUUAGUCAUCGUAAUAUUCUUCAUCCUGCAGUACUUUAUUGGAACCACUGGUCCUCUAUUCUUCUGCGAAGCCGUGGCAAUAACAAUGGCGCCGCCGCCACCUGAAAACGGAACAGUUGGCAGAUCAAGAGGAACUUCUUCAGCUGUCUUCGUAUUCGGUGACUCGACACUUGAUACCGGCAACAACGAUCAUAUCGUAACUUUGAGCAAGUCCAACUUUCCUCCCUAUGGAAGGGAUUUUCCGGGAAGAAUCCCCACCGGCAGAUUCUCCGAUGGAAGGCUUAUUUCGGACUUCAUAGUUGAUAGUUUAAGAAUCAAGUAUCUUUUACCACCUUAUCUCAAUCCGAAUCUUCAAGUUGAGGAUCUCAUAACGGGAGUGUGUUUUGCUUCUGCUGGCUCUGGUUAUGAUCCCAAGACACCAAAGAUAUUAUCGGCCAUAUCAAUUCCGAAUCAACUCAGUUUCUUCCAACAAUACGCGGGGAAGUUGAGAAGCCUAGUGGGAGAGCAGAGAUCAAACGACGUCGUUAGAAACGGGCUUUACGUAAUAUCAGCGGGCAACAACGACAUCUUACUGACCUCUUUGUUUCACACCAGAACAAUGUCGUCGGAGGAAAUGGCUUCAUACGCUGCCUUUCUCGCCGGCCAGGCUUCCGCCUUUCUCCGGCAACUGUACGGACUGGGAGCUCGCAAGAUAGUUCACCUGAGUGCAUCAACGACUGGAUGCAUCCCCGCAAUUAGAACUUUGCUCGGCGGUGUACAGAGGCAAUGUUCCGACGAGUCCAACGAGCUGGCCGUGAUGUUCAACGAGAAGCUCAGCGACGAAAUUCAGCGACUGAACGAUGACGUUUUGCUUCCUCACUUGAGCAUCGAGUUUGCCGACGUGUACACGCCUUUGUUUGAUAUCAUUAGGCGUCCUGAAAAUUAUGGGUUUGCCGUAACGAAGGAGGGGUGCUGCGGGACAGGAACUAUAGAGUUUGGAUUUCUUUGCAACCGAUUGAGCCCUUCUACUUGUGCGGAUACUUCAAAGUACAUUUUUUGGGAUAGUCUUCAUCCCACAGAAAAGGUGUAUAAAAUCUUGACUUCUGUAAUCAUGAAAGACAUAAAUAGGCUAUUGUAUUGAAAUCCUAUGUAUCCAUUGCUGCCUACAGCCACUAUACAGAGGAUUUUUGUACCGCUAAUAAAACCUCUAUAUGCAU